AUGGGAAAUAAAAAACAAGACUUCCAACAAACAACAAUCAAUAAAUCGAAUUUCAAGGUGAACCCAUCAGGAUCGAGGUUAAGGGUCAAGAUAAGUGGCCGAAUGGAAAACGUCGUAAUUUUCCUCCUCUCUUUGUUUUUCGCGAGGGGUUUUUCAAUACCUCAAACCUACAGGACGACUCCGGUACCGAUUUUAAAACAAAUAAAUAGACAAAACGACGACGGGUCUUACAGUUACGGUUACGAAGCCGCUGAUGGCACGUUUAAAAUCGAAACGAAAUUUCCCACGGGAGAAGUCUACGGAAAAUACGGUUACGUUGGAGACGAUGGAAAAAUUCGACAAGUCGAAUACGGAGCCAGUAAAAGAGGAUUCGAACCUGUAGGUGCGGAUAUAAACGUCGCACCUCCGACUCUCACAAACACCGUCGACAAUACAAACCCAGAUCGCGAAGAUGACGGUCAAUACAGAGAAGAUCCAUCCAUUUAUUACAAGGAAACGUCAAAUCAAAACUUUUCACCCGUUAAUCAAAUCAAAUCGACUUAUCAAACCUCUUUCCCUCGGUACUAUCAGCCAAGGUAUUAUCAGUCACCGGCGCCAUUAUCGAAUUAUUACAAUUCUCAACCCCGAUAUCAACCAGUUCGAAUUAACUACGAUCCAGCCAUAUUUAAAGGUCAUCCAGCAACAAACAUAGACAUCAAUACUGGAUCUUAUUCCGUUUCUUAUUCUACUUAG